AUGCCCCGCAAGCCGCAAGACGACAUCCCCGAUGGACUGGAAGGUUAUGUGCCGCAUGAGAACCAUGGUGACCGGAAGGCAAACCUCUAUAGCAGACCAUGGCACAUCGCCAAAAUUGCUAUCCGCGGCUGCGACAUCGCCUUCAGUACCAUAGUCAUUGGUAUCACACUCAACAAGUUGGUAACCAUAGGAUAUUCGGGCCCCUACCUACUAUUGUUCAGUGGUAUCCCG